CCUAUUCCUUGAGAGAGAGAACACAUCCUAUUUCCCAAGUUGCAUUUGCAGCCUGUGGUUUUCAGGCAGUGAAUCAGAGUAUCUGGAAUUGGGAUUUAAGAGAUUCUCCAGUCCUACCCUUUAUUCUACAGAUGAGGAAACUGAGGUUCAGAGGCGCAGGGACAUGUUCACAAAGGUAGGAAGUACCACAGACGGGAUUUGAAUCAUCACUAUAUUUUCCAAAGCACCAUGUUGCAAACUGAAUUCAAGGAAGGGUCAAGGACUCAGGGCUGGACUAUCUAGAGGGAACAUAGCUAAGGCUUUUCUUGAUUUGUUUCCUUAAUGUAACUUCCAGGGAGGAGGAAAGAACUCCAAGUCUCCUUCCAUUCCGUCCGACUCCACCCCCGAAUGACCUCACAAAAGGGAGCGCCAAUGCCCAGAAGCCAAAGCCCCUCUCUAGACCUGCAGGAGGCCUCCCCAACUCCCUACACAUGAUCUGCCCAGGGGCCCGACAUUAAGAAUAUUUGCCGAACCUUUCCAUCAGGGUUUGGUCAACCAGAAAGCCAAAGGAGGUGCCCUAAAGAGCAGCCAGUUCAUUUUUCGGAAAGAUGGAGCAGACAAGGAAAAGCCAAGAUUCUGGGCCCCUCGUGGAGUUUUUGGAGAGUUCUUCCAUGGACUUGAUCUUGACUAUGGCUAGAAAGGUGGUACCUGAGGAAUAGCAGAGGUCUUUACCUCUAUUCUGGUAGUGAACUAAGAGAUGCCCCUUGCAAUUGAUAUCAAGGAGAGUAAUGGAAACAUCAAGACCUAGAGUAUAGUAAUUAGAACAAUGAACACCGGCAAGGUUUAAGAUCAAAGGAGCAAGUCGAGGUAAGGCAAUCUGUCCCAGUCCAUUCCAGCAGCAGUCAUCUGGAUUCUUCAAGGAUUUACCUGAAAGAUGAGUGAUGGGCUGUGUGCCUCUCUCAGUCCUAAGGAUUAUAAUCAACUCGAGAAAUAUUCAAAAGAUUCUUCCAGGAAGUUAAAAGAUGUCUUAGAAGCAUUUUACGGAACCAAUAUGGACUCAAAAUAUAACUCACAACUGCUCAUCGACUAUGAAGGAUUCAAGAUCUUCAUGAAAAAUUACCUGGAUGAGGUCAUCCCUGAGGAACUCUGUAAGCAUCUUUUCCUGUCCUUCUCAUGCAAGAACCGGAAGAGGGCCCUUGUGAGGAAAAGUUCCAGGCUCUCCGAUGACAGCGCUUCUGAUAUCAACGGGAAGGGGGCAGAUCAUGACACGCUUGUUGCCAGGGCCCAGAAGGCAUCCAAAGAGGAUGAGCGGAGGAAUUCCUCCAUUUCGGGGACCGAAGAUGAAGAAAACUUGCAAAAAAGGAGGCAUUCCAAAAACGUGUCUUUCUCUCUGGGUAGCCCCUCGUCUUCUCUUCAGAGUUCAAAGACCCCUGAUUAUGAUGACAGUAAAACCUCGAGCUUAGUUUCUCCGUCACUUUCCGAUGUCAUGCCCCAGGUCAUCUACCUGAAAGACAUCAUCUGUUACCUAUCACUGUUGGAAAGAGGUCGGACCCAGGACAAGCUGGAGUUCAUGUUUCAUCUGCACGACAGGGAUGGCAAUGGUUACCUGGAUGGUAAGGAGCAGGAGCAGAUUCUCAACGAGAUGGUGCAUGUGGCUGAAUAUCUGAACUGGGAUUGCACAGAGCUUAAGCCUAUCUUGAGGAACCUGAUGACAGAGAUUGAUGUUAACCAUGAUGGUAUUGUGUCCUUAAAAGAGUGGAUUCAUGGAGGAAUGACCACCAUUCCAAUACUGCUCCUACUAGGGAUGGAAACAAAUGUGAAUGAAGAUGGCCAUCACUCUUGGAAGCUAAAGUAUUUCAAAAAGCCAGCCUUCUGCCAUUUUUGCCACUUAAUGCUGACAGGAAUGCGGAAACAAGCCCUGCGUUGCUCAUAUUGUAAAUAUGUAGUCCAUUCAAGUUGUAUAAAUGAAAACAUCCCUCCAUGCAUCAGCACUUACGCAAAAUCUAGGAAAGACACUGAGGUAAUGCAGCAUGUAUGGAUGGAAGGGAAUAACUCUUUGAACUGUGAUAUUUGCAACAAAGCCAUCAAAUGCUGCCAGCCAGGGGCUUCAAUCCACUGUGUGUGGUGCCAGAUCACGAUUCACCAAAGAUGCGCCGCCUUGACUUCAGAAAUAUGUGAUGGUGGCCAACUCAAAGACCAUAUUCUCCUGCCAAUUAAUAUAUUCCCCAUAGUCAUGAAAGAGGAAAUCACGGCCAUGACCAUUGCUGCAGGUAUCACAACUGAUUCCGAACCCAGUACUUCAACCAAGGAUGAAAGUAAAUUGGAGAAACAAGCACUCAUAGACACGGCUGUCUUUACUGAUGGCGUAACUGAUUUCCAAACCGGUACUGCAACCAAGGAUGCAAGUGAAUUGAAGGAGAAAGAAGAAAGCAUCCCAGCUGAUGAGAUAACUGAUGCCAAACCCAGUAGUUCAGUCAAGGAUAUAAGUGAAUUGGAGGAGAAAGAAGAAGGUAUCCCAGCUGAUGAGAUAACUGAUGCCAAACUCAUUAGUUCAGCCAAGGAUGUAAGUCAAUUGGAGGAGAAAGAAGAAAGCAUCCCAGCUGAUGAGAUAACUGAUGCCAAACCCAGUAGUUCAGUCAAGGAUAUAAGUGAAUUGGAGAAGAAGGAAGAAGAAAAAACCCCUGAUUCAUACACUGAUGAUGCUCUAAAGAAUGUUGAAUCCUCUCCUUCAAUUAAUGAUGCACAUGAGGAGAGCUCGGAAGCCCUUGAUAAUGAAUUGAAUGAUGAACUUGCUGAUUAUGACCAUGAGCAUUCCGGGAGCAUGGAUUUGGAUAAAUUAGAGGAGGAAGAGCAGAAAUCCUUUGAUACUGAAUUGAACAGUGAUUUUGGUGAUAUUCCUAGCCAUAAGAGUUCCACAACCACGGAUAAGCUGAAAGUAGAGGAGCAAAACUUCUUAAAUGCAUUGCAAAAACUGGAUUUGCCUAAUGAGUCUGACUACACCAGUUCCAUAAACAUGGAUAUACAGAGAUUAAAGGAGAAGAAAGCCUUUGAUAAUGAAUUGAUCAACUUAUUUGUGGAUGUUCCUAGCCUUGUGAAAGUCAUAAAAACGGACAUACAGAAAUUACAGGAGCAGGAAGACUAUGAUAAUGAAUUGUUUACUUUAAUAGCGAAUGUUCCUGGACUUGCAGAAGCCAUAAAACUGGAAUUAGAGAGGGAAGCCGCUUUGAGGGAAAGUGGCAGAGAAUAUGAUGCUCGUGGUCGUGACAGUAUCGUAAGCAUGGAUUCGCAGAGAUCAAGGAGAAAGAAAAGCAGUAUUUUGAGCGGGUCCACCAGAGUCUCUCUGGCUACCCUUACGCCUGACUAUUCCCUAAGUGAGCUACCGACAGAAACAUCCACCACAGAUGAAGAUGAAUUUGAGGAGUACAAAGAAAUGCAGGAGGAUGAAUAUUCACAGAAAGACAGAACCAUGGUGCACUUCAGGAGAGCAAUGAAGAGGAAGUCUCUGGUCAGAGAAGAGGGGAAUGAAUGCUUCAUCUCCAAGGCUGCUCUUGCGGAGAAUAAACCAAUCCAGCCCUCCUUGACGGAUGGACAUGGAUUACAGAUUAUUCCACCGAAGGACACACAUCCCCUGCUUGUCUUGCUCAAUCCUAAGAGUGGAGGAAGACAAGGAGAAAGAAUCCUUCGGAAAUUACAGUACCUGCUCAACCCCAGACAAAUUUACAACCUGGAGGAAUCAGGGCCUAUUCCAGGAUUGCAUUUUUUCCGCUAUGUGCCAAACUUCCGCAUACUCAUUUGUGGAGGAGAUGGGACUGUCGGCUGGGUACUGGAUUGUAUCGACAAGGUUAAUCUUGCCAAAUAUCCGAAAGUGGCAAUCCUGCCUCUUGGAACAGGAAAUGACCUUUCCAGGUGUCUCCGUUGGGGAAGAGGUUACGAAGGUGGCAAUUUGAUCAAAAUCCUAAAGGACAUUGAGCAAAGUUCUGAGGUGAUGCUGGAUCGGUGGCACCUUGAAAUCAUCCCUAAAGACAAGGACAAUAAAGGGGACCCUGUUCCACACUGCGUGUUCAAUAACUAUUUCUCUAUUGGUGUGGACGCCUCCAUUGCCCACAGAUUCCACCUCAUGCGAGAGAAAUACCCCGAAAAAUUCACCAGCAGGAUGAAGAAUAGGCUGUGGUACUUUGAAUUUGGCACCACAGAGACCUUUGCUUCCACCUGCAAGAAGCUGCAAACCUUCAUAGAAGUGGAGUGCGACGGCAUCACCCUGGACCUCAAAAGCACCUUGCUGGAGGGCAUCGCGAUAGUCAACAUUCCCAGCAUGUACGGGGGCACCAACCUCUGGGGAGAGACCAAGAGACCGAGAUCGCCCUCAGCAGGGAAGAAGACCUCAGAGAAACCUUCCAUAGAAACAACCACGGACCCCAAAGAGCUGAAGUUCUGCAUCCAAGAUUUCAGUGACCGCCUUCUGGAAGUGGUGGGGCUGGGGGGCGCCAUGGAGAUGGGGCAAAUCUACACCGGACUGAAGAGCGCUGGGAAGAGGCUGGCUCAGUGCGCCUCUAUUACCAUCAGGACAACCAAGAUGUUGCCCAUGCAAGUGGACGGGGAGCCCUGGCUGCAGGCGCCCUGCACGGCUAAAAUCACCCACAAAAACCAGGUGCCCAUGCUGUUGGGCCCCCCCUCAAAGCCCGGCUUCUUCUUCCUCAAGAAGUAAAAUCCCCGGGACCUCUGAAGGGAGGGCACAGACCCCAAGCCAACCAUCGCAGUGGAAGAGGAGUAACUGAAGUCUACACAUAAACACACACACUCACUCACACACACUCACACACGUACUCACACCAUCCCUCAAAUAACAGAAGCAAAGAGAUCCGACAGGACAGAUCCAACGCCUCGAGCUGUCUGCUUCUAAGCCGGGGAUGGCAACCCCCCUUCACUGCUGAGGGAGGAUGGCCUCGCGGCUGGCGCAGGGCUGGGCGGGCCCCCCGCUGCCAGCCCCCGUCUCCUGCCGGGCCCCAGGUGGGCGCCGAGAUCCGCCUUCCUGCCCGCAGGGGGCUUCGAGAAUCCAGACCGAGCUGACGGCCGAGGCGGUCGCCCCCUCCCACCCACCCCCGGGCCAGAGACACUGGGCAAGGCUCCAUCUGUGCCGAUACAAAUGGCCCUAGAGGCUUCAGAACAUGGCUCCGUUGCCGGCAAGCAUAAGUCCGUCUCCUGGUGGUCAUUUGAGCCCCAACAUGGCUCCCGGAAGUUUUCUGAGAAGGCGGCAAUGGGGGUCAGAGCUGGGGAGCCCUCCCUGGCUCGGAGAACAGUCGCCUUAAGCACGCGUCCAGCUUCUGUCCGCCAGGCAGGGUCCGUUGGGAGUAGGCCGGCCCGACGCUCCGCAGAGGGGCCUUUAUUUUCUUAGUCCUUCGGGCACCGGGGAGGGAAGGCAGAAAAACUCGGGCUCUAUUUUACCUAUCAGUGUAAUAACAGCAUGUGAAAAAC